CCCCAUGUCUUUGGGCAAUGUAAUUUGGCGCGAGAUUUCUCCUUCCACAGUAUGCGAGUGGGUAGCCUGUCAUUGCGUCAACUUCCCAAACGUCCAAACGCGAGCCUUCCGUGCCCAUCUGCCGCCAAAGCUCGCGUCCUCUCAGGCUCAAUGCACAAGCUCUUCCCAACAAGUCGUCGGCAUCUGAAAAAUCACUUCCCCAACCUCAGAUUCGUCGUUACCUCCGCUCGUUCCCGCCAGUACACCGAUGCCCCGAACCCCGACUCCGAGCUCGACUUCUCUGGCAACAACGAUGUGCUUGGGGAGCUGAAACCAAUCAACCCAUUUCAAGAAUGUGGAGUUGGGCCCGAAAGGAUCGAAUCUCAUUAGAACCGCAUGCCUGAAUUUCGCCCGCGACAGAUACGACGUUAUGAGGUAUUUGUCAAAGAAACAUAUUCAGGUCAUAGCAGAGUGUAGAUGCCCCAGCACAGACAGAAAAGUGGUGAACUCUGGUAAGCGCUUGAGGGCGCAUGUGGGCAUCGAUGAGGGAAAUGUUUGCAGCUCCUGCAACUUGAGGGGAAACUGUGAGAGAGCAUUUGUGAAGGCGCGUGAAGAUGAAGGAGGGCACACAGUUGAUGUUAUGCGAAUCUUGUUGACAUACGAACUUGACCCCAUAAGCGAUACUGUGGAGAAUAAACCAUGUCUGACUAGAACAGUUAAGGAAUCAGUCAGAGCACUGCUAAAGCAAAUGACAGAGUAUGGCACUGAUGUACUUGGCUCUGAUUCGUUGAAAUCCACACCAGCUGGUGAUUUAUCCUCGCAUUCAAGUUCAGAAGAGAAAGGCUACAAAGAUGUUCCAAUGAAACAAGAAGAUUGGUAUUGCCCCAAGUGCAACUUCUUAAACUUUGCUAAGAACAUCAAAUGCUUGUGAUGCGAUGCUUUUUCUCAGGAAAGACUGAAUCAACUACAGGAAGACCAAGAUCAUCUUCCGCUAAAGAAAGGAGGCUGGAUAUGUGACAAGCGAUUGCUUCUCAUGCCUUUUCUCACUUGUUCCCUGAUUUGUGGUGAGCAGAGCUCCUUGCUUAUAGAAACUGUUGCGUUUUGCAGAUGCAAUUUCUUAAAUUUUGCAAAGAAUACUAGAUGUUUGUGGUGCAAAGAGAAACCCUCGGAAAGCCAACUCAAUCCUGGGGAGUGGGAAUGUGAAUCGUGCAAUUACAUCAACUUUAGAAGGAAUAUGGUAUGCUUGAAGUGUGAUUAUAGAAGGCCUAAAGCAUCAAAUUCAAAGGGCUUGUCUCAAUGAGAGCAUGAUGCUGGAAAUCAUCAUCAAGGUCAUGGAGCCGUUGAAGAUAGAAAUUCUAUGUGGUCUCUGAGAAGAAAUAGUCAAAUGCAAGUCACAAAUAGGUGGAGAUUUGUGCAUGGAGAGAAUGGGGUCACUGAGAAACCAAAGUUAACAAACUCAUCGAACGAGGUUUCUGGAAUUCUUGAUUUUCCAAUUGCAGGAGGCAUGAGCGAUGUGUCUCGUGACACAGAAAAGAGGGAAAUGUGGAAACUGAAGAUGCUGGAAAGAAGCAGAAUGACUGCAGAGGAAAAGGCAAAUCCAGAGGAGCCACGCUCAUCCAGAAUUUAUAGGAACUCAGAAUCACCAGACUUUGAGGACGAUGAAGAAAUGGCUGAAUGGUUUGGCAGUGGGAAGACGUGAUUAUAGAUGCCUGUACAUGUAAUUGGCAAGAAUCAAAUUCAUUAUGUGAUUAUAGAUGCCUGUACAUGUAAUUGGCAAGAAUCAAAUUCAUUCGUUUCUUUGCCUCUAUAGGUUUUCCAGGAUACUGCCUCUUAUUUUCCAGUGGACAGUUAACUAUUCAUCUCGUGCAA